UCGCGACCAUGACAACUGGCGUUUUAUUGUGAAAGUCAAUCUCCAGACCGGAUGUUCUGUCUCUGUAUCCUCAGUGUUUUCCUGAAUACCGCCUGAACAGUGAAAUGCUAAUAUCUCAUGAGUGUAUCUUCUUUUAAGGGGUAAAAACUGCACAGUAAUGUCGCUCUCCACCGCACGCUCAUUCCUGUCAGAGGCUUGUUAUGGCGAACAGGAGCUCGACGCUAACUCCGCUCUCAUGGAGCUGGACAAAGGGUUGCGGUCGGGGAAGCUCGGUGAGCAGUGUGAGGCUGUGGUUUUGUUCCCCAAACUCUUCCAGAAGUACCCAUUUCCCAUCCUCAUCAACUCUGCAUUUUUAAAACUAGCAGACAUCUUCAGGCUCGGUAACAACUUUCUGCGUCUCUGUGUACUCAAAGUGACUCAACAGAGUGAGAAACAUUUGGAGAAGAUUCUCAAUGUGGAUGAGUUUGUGAAACGGGUGUUUUCAGUCAUCCACAGUAAUGACCCUGUGGCCAGAGCCAUCACUCUGAGGAUGCUUGGUAGUUUGGCCUCCAUCAUCCCAGAGAGGAAGAAUGCCCACCACACUAUUCGCCAAAGCCUGGACUCUCAUGACAAUGUGGAAGUCGAGGCAGCCAUCUUUGCUGCUGCAAGCUUCUCUGCACAGUCAAAAGACUUUGCAGCUGGAAUUUGCAACAAAGUUAGUGAGAUGAUUCAAGGUUUAGACACUCCUGUGGAACUGAAGCUGAAGUUGAUCCCCAUGCUGCAGCACAUGCAUCAUGACGCCAGCCUGGCGUCCAGCAGCAGAGAGCUUUUACAGCAUCUGGUGAACUCUUAUCCUUCCACCCCCAUGGUCAUUGUCUCCCUGCAUACUUUCACCCAGCUGGCCGCCUCUUCCCUCAUAGAUAUCCCCAAGCAGCUGCAGCUCCUCCUUCAGUACCUAAAAGAUGAUCCGAGAAAAGCUGUGAAGAGACUUGCAGUUAACGAUUUAAAGCUCCUGGCUAAAAAGGCUCCUCACCUGUGGAUAAGAGAAAACACUCAGAUGCUGUGCGAGUGUGCUUUGACUAUCCCCUACAACAGUUUGAAGCUGGGGAUGUUGGCCGUUCUCUCCACCCUCUCUGGAACUAUUGCAAUCAAACAGUAUUUUAGUAAUGUGGGAGGUGGCUCUUUGGUUCCACCCCGGCUCACUGACCUGGUUAAAUUGGCACAGGAAUGCUGUUACCACAGCAACCUGGCAGUAGCAGCUCACGGGGUCAUAGUGCUCACCAACAUUGCCAUUUCCUGUCCGGAGAAAGAUAUAGUACAGCUGGAGCAGGACACAGUUUUGGGAGUGGAGUCCCUUCUGAUGCUGUGCAGUCAGGAUAACAGCCCCAGUGCACAAGCCACACUGAAAACAGCUCUCACCUCAUUGGUUAAGCUGCUGAAAAGUCGACCCCAUCUCAGCCAGUCUGCAGUGGAGUUCCUGCUCGGCCAGCUCCACUUGUCCUGCGACUCCUCUCGUGUUCUCAUGUGUCACGCCCUAGCGGCCAUCGCCACCCACCUGCCUGUGCUGGGGGACGGUAUGCUGGGGGAUCUGGUUGAUCUCUACCGGGUGGCCAGUCACUCGUCCACCGAUAAGCAGCAGGAGCUUCUGGUUUCCUUGGCAACAGUGAUUUUUGUUGCAAGCCAGUCGUCUCUGUCAGCCGAAGUGAAGACUGUCAUCAAACAGCAGCUGGAGAACGUUGCUAACGGCUGGACGGUGUAUCGCAUUGCACGGCAAGCCUCGCGCAUGGGAUGCCACGAGUUCUCCAGCGAGCUGUACCAGUGUGUGCGGACUCGUGUGGCCUCAGAGCACUUCUACUUCUGGCUGAGCAGCCUGAAGGAGUUCUCCCAGGCUGAGCAGUGCCUGAGUCACGUGGUGGACGGGGACUACAGCGGAGCCAUGAGCGCCAUCGCAGAAGCCUUGCGCUCCUACCAAAAGGGCAUCGCCUCCCUCACAGCUGCCAGCACUCCUCUGAGCCCGCUCACAUUCCAGUGCGAGUUCAUUAAGCUCCGGAUCGACACCCUGCAAGCUUUGUCGCAGCUCAUUUGUACCUGCAACAGUCUGAAAACCAGCCCUCCUCCCGCCAUCGCAACCACCAUCGCCCUCACUUCAGGCAAUGACCUGCAACGCUGUGGCCGCAUCUCGAUGCAGAUGAAGGUGUGCAUGGAUGAGUUCAGAAGUCUUGCUGCUCGCUAUGCUGACUUACACCAGUCGUCGUUUGAUGCAGAUUAUGCGACCCUUCGCAAUGUGGAGUUACAGCAACAGAGCUGCUUGCUCGUCUCCCAUGUGAUUGAAGCUUUGAUACUGGACCCACAGGCUGCCAGUUUUCAGGAGUACGGCACUGUGGGGUCGGUCCAGACGGAGAGCGAAUAUGAGCGACGGAUGAUGUCAGUCUUCAACCACGUGCUGGAGGAAGUGGAGAGCCUCACCAAGAAACACCCUCCUGUCUCACAUCUGCACACCAGCUGCCUCUGUGAUGCUGUCAUAGCUUUGCUGAAGGUGCCGCUGUCUUUCCAGAGAUAUUUCUUCCAAAAGCUGCAGUCCACCAGCAUCAAGCUCGCCCUUUCACCAUCCCCGCGAACACCGAGCGAGCCAAUCCCAGUGCAGAACACUCAGCAGCUGACCUUGAAGGUGGAGGGUGUGGUGCAGCACGGUUCAACUCCGGGACUCUUCAGGAAGAUCCAGUCAGUCUGUCUUAAUGUUACCUCAGUUCUUCAGAGCAAGACGGGACCUGACUACAAGAUUCCACUAGAUACUAAAACAAAUGAGAUCAAGCAGCGCGUCGAGCCUCACAACGACUACUUCAGCACCCAGUUCCUGCUGAAUUUCUCCAUCCUGGGCACCCACACUGUCACCGUGGAGGCCUCGGUGGUGGAUGAGAGCGGCAUAGAGUGGAAGACAGGGCCCAAGACGACGGUGUCAGUAAAGUCUCUGGAGGACCCGUACUCCCAGCAGCUCCGUCACCAGCUGCAGCAGGGAGGAGCUCAGCCCGCGCCACAGAGGAGCACAUACACUCGCUUCUAGUAGUGCUUGCAGUUUGACCUUCUGCACUUGACCUUGUAGAAAUUAAAUAUGUACAUAUUUUUUUUAAUGAUUAAAAUACCAAAUUGAUUUAAAUAAUAA